CCCGUGCCUGCGCACUAGAGCCCAGCACCCGCACGGUUGCAGUAUCAAACGCAUAGUGUUUAUUUUGUUCUGUUUUUGACCGGCAGCUUUUAAGUUAAACUCAGCCACAGCUAGGGUAAAGUUGAUAUUUAAGGCAGCCCUCGCCUAUCUCGAGGACGCCCGUGCGCCGUCGCGUGCCUGUGUUCUAACGGAAGUUAGCGUGCUAGCUAACGAAACUUCACGGAACUGGCAGGAGUCGCAGUCGGACGCAAAUCGAGGUGCGCGUUUCGGUGUUUGUGCGCGCAGGGGGGGGGGGAAGAGAAGCGUUCGGAUGAAUUAGGACGGGGGCGCGACCGCGUCACACUGCGGCCGAGGAAGGACAGCGCGCUGGAUUAACGCCCCGUCUCCGCUAAUUAGGCGGCAGAGUGAGGCAGCGCGCGCGCCGCGCGUGUUUGGACGGAACGUUGAACGGGGCGCCGCACAAUGAAACGGGGACGCGCUUUCCAAUGAACUUUUAAAGGGUGACCGAAGACGGUAACUGAAGAGACACUGACUUGAGAUCAUUGCUGAGAAGUCGGUGACUCUGGGGGAAAAGCUGGAAGCGACGACAUAGAACCUCAGAAGGAACAUCUUUCUUUUGGUCUUGGGUGUGUAAAACAACUCACUGAAUAGGAUUUGGUGGAUGUGACCACGUUCACUUGACUCAUCAUGGAGACGUCAGUUUGCUCAACAGUACAUCACAAUGGUGGCCUACCCAGCAGUCUCAGCUGCUCUAAACAUGGAGAGGGCUUGCUGAGAGUCCAUCUGUACCACAGUAAUCAGAGUGAAGCUGAAAGCACCUCACUCUCCUACCCUCCUGGGGAGUAUGUUGCUGAAGAGCUCUGUAUAGAUGCAGCGAAGGAGUGUGGUGUGACGCCCAUGUACUGUUGUAUGUUUGCCCUGAUGAGGGAGAGUGACUGCAUGUGGUUUGCACCUAACCAUGUAUUCCACAUAGAUGAGUCUACUAAUGAGGAUGUGGUCUUCAGAAUCCGGUUCUACUUCCCAGGCUGGCACAGCAGCGGCCCUUCCAGUGCAUAUCGAUACGGAGCAACCAAGGGAACAGAGACCCCGGUCUUAGAUGACUCCGUCAUGGCUUAUCUGUUCGCCCAGUGGCGGAGUGACUUUGUCAGUGGCUCGAUUGAUGUUGCAGUCAAUCAUGAAGCUCAGGAGGAGUGUCUGGGCAUGGCAGUGCUGGACAUGAUGAGGAUUGCAAAAGAGAAGGAUUUAUCCCCACUCGACAUUUACAAUGACAUGAGCUACAAGUCUUUCCUGCCUAAGGACAUGAGGGCUCGUAUCCAAGACUACCACAUUGUGACCCGCAAGCGGAUCCGCUACCGCUUCAAGAAGUUCAUCCAGCAGUUCAGCCAGUGCAAGGCCACAGCUCGUGACCUCAAACUCAAGUACCUGAUGAACUUGGAAGCACUGCAGUCCAGCCUGUACUCUGAACAGUUUGAGGUGAAAGAGCCUUCAGUAGGUCAAGUCACCAUCGUUGUCACCGGCAACAGUGGCAUCCAGUGGUCCUGUGAGAAACGCAAGGAGUCAGGUGCCGAGCAGGAGUUACAGACGUACUGUGAUUUCCCUGAAGUCAUUGACAUCAGCAUCAAGCAAGCUAAUAAAGAUGGCUCCAAUGAGAGUCGGGUUGUCACCAUCAACAAGCAGGACAGCAAGAAGCUGGAGCUGGAGUUCCGCUCACUUUCUGAAGCUCUGUCCUUUGUGUCCUUGAUUGACGGAUACUAUCGACUGACGGCAGAUGCUCACCACUACCUUUGUAAAGAAGUUGCUCCCCCUAGCCUACUGGAGGCUUUAUACAGCUACUGCCAUGGUCCAAUCUCGAUGGAGUUUGCCAUCAGCAAGUUGCGGAGGUUAGGGAACCAGCGAGGCCUUUACAUUCUGCGCUGCAGCCCCAAGGACUUCAACAAGUACUUCCUGUCUUUUGCUGUUGGGUCUGACAACGUGGUGGAGUAUAAGCACUGCCAGAUUGUUAAGACGUCUGCCCGUGAGUACAUCCUGAGUGGGGCAAAGAGGAGCUUUAGCUGCCUGAGGGAGCUUCUCCACUGCUACCAGAAAGAGACGGUCCGCUCCGACGGGUACAUCUUCCAGUUCACCAAGUGCUGCCCACCGAAGGCCAAAGAAAAAUCCAACCUGCUGGUGUGCAGAAGUAACCAGGGCUUAGAUGUGCCUCUCUCUCCCUCACUUCAGAGGCACAAUAUCAGCCAGAUGGUAUUCCACAAAAUCAGGAAGGAGGACCUUGACAUUCAUGAAAGCUUGGGCCAAGGAACCUUUACAAAGAUUUUCAGAGGCAUUCGCAAAGAACUAGGAGACUAUGGGCAAAUGCAUGAGACAGGUGUUGUUGUGAAGGUCCUGGAUAAGGCACACAGAAAUUACUCAGAGUCCUUCUUUGAAGCUGCCAGCAUGAUGAGCCAGCUCUCACACAAACAUUUGCUGCUGAACUACGGUGUCUGUGUUUGUGGGGAGGAGAAUAUUAUGGUCCAGGAGUAUGUUAGGUUUGGCUCACUGGACACAUACCUGAAGAAAAACAAGAAUGUUGUGAACACCACAUGGAAACUGGAGGUGGCCAAGCAGCUAGCUUGGGCUAUGCAUUUCUUGGAGGAAAAAAAUGUUGUCCAUGGGAAUGUAUGCGCCAAAAACAUUCUACUGAUCCGAGAGGAGGACCGGAAGCUAGGGAACCCCCCGUUUAUCAAAUUAAGUGACCCAGGAAUCAGCAUCACUGUUUUACCCAAAGAAAUUUUGGUAGAGCGCAUCCCCUGGGUACCCCCAGAGUGCAUAGAAGACCCUAAAAAUCUGAGCCUUGCAACAGACAGAUGGGCCUUUGGUACAACCCUGUGGGAGAUUUGCAGUGGGGGGGAGAAACCACUUGGUACACUUGACUGUUCCAAGAAGAACCUCUUCUAUGAGGAUAGACACCAGCUGACGGCUCCCAAAUGGACUGAGCUUGCCAAUUUGAUCAACAACUGCAUGGACUAUGAGCCCAUGUUUCGGCCCUCCUUCCGUGCCAUAAUUCGGGACCUCAACAGUCUGUUCACUCCUGAUUAUGAGCUGUUAGUUGAAAGUGACAUGUUGCCAAACCGAACAAGGGGAUGUGGUUUCACUGGUGCUUUUGAGAACCAUGAGCCAGCUCAGUUUGAAGAGAGGCAUUUGAUAUUCCUGCAGCAACUUGGCAAGGGCAACUUUGGAAGUGUGGAGAUGUGCCGGUAUGACCCCCUUCAGGACAACACCGGUGAGGUGGUGGCUGUGAAGAAGCUGCAGCACAGUACAGCUGAGCACCUGCGUGACUUUGAGCGCGAGAUUGAGAUCCUCAAAUCACUUCAGCAUGAGAACAUUGUCAAGUACAAGGGAGUGUGUUACAGUGCAGGCCGGAGAAACCUGAGGCUAAUCAUGGAGUAUCUGCCCUUUGGGAGUCUACGAGAUUACCUCAUCAAGAACAAGGAUCGGAUUGACCACAAGAAGCUUCUCCACUAUGCCUCCCAAAUAUGCAAAGGCAUGGACUACCUGGCUAGUAAGCGGUACAUCCACAGAGAUCUGGCCACCCGUAAUAUCCUGGUGGAGAGUGAGCUGAGGGUGAAAAUUGGAGACUUUGGCCUGACCAAAGUGUUACCCCAAGACAAGGAGUAUUAUACAGUAAAGGAGCCUGGGGAAAGCCCUAUUUUCUGGUAUGCUCCCGAGUCCCUGACGGAAAGCAAAUUCUCAGUGGCUUCAGACAUCUGGAGUUUUGGCGUUGUGCUGUAUGAGCUCUUCACCCACAGUGACAAGAACAGCAGUCCGCCAGCCGUGUUCAUGGGAAUGAUGGGAAGCGAUAAGCAGGGACAGAUGAUAGUCUACCACUUGAUUGAGCUCCUUAAACGGGGGAGCAGGUUGCCUCAGCCGGAGGGCAGCCCAGUAGAGAUCUACAGGAUCAUGACAGAGUGCUGGAACAGCGACCCCUGCUUGAGGCCAUCCUUCAAAAAGCUGGCUAACAGUGUGGACACGUUUCGCGACAGCAAGGAGAGCUGAUUUUGCCCUACCCUCUGGGGCAUUGCUAUGAUAAAAGGAACAUGCAGUGGGCUGAUUUUACUGCCACUUGUUUUCUGUAUCAUGGACUACUGCCUGGAGUGCCACACACUGCUUCGUAAUGGGUUAACCUGCACAAGACACUGCAUGUGGUUCACUAUAGUAACGCUAGAAGAGACUGGUAGUCAGCAAAAGUGACUGAGAGCAUCUUUGUGCAGCUAUAUGAACUCACCUGGACUUAUAACACUUACUUCUCCAAAAAUAAUGUGAGCCACCAAGUGCUUUCUUUUUAGGACCAGUGAUUUAGCAAAGACUAAAAACAUCACAAAGUGCUAUCUGUACAGUUUGUUUGCAAGUAAACUCCAAAGAACAAUCUCAACUAACUACAGAGUAGAACGACUUACUGCAUAAGAAACUUGGAAACUGCCUAUGGCAGCCUGGGAAUUUUUUUUCAAACUCUUUCCCCUCUUUAAAUCUGUUUUCUACAGCCAAAUCUUGGAUGAAUAGUCCAUUCAGAUGUGUAUUGGUUAACUAUCUAAAUGAUUUAUUUUUGCUUAAAAAUAAAUGGAUAUUACCUUUAA